UGCUGCUUUUCAUGGCAACCAGGCACAAUACUGUUGUUUCGUCCUGGCGAGACCGAAAACAUUUUGCCGGUGCCGUGUCGGAGACCGACUUCAUGGAAACCUGGAUGUCUUAACUUGUUACUCAUUUGUAUUCAUUAAUUCUAGAUAAAUAAUUAUUUGUAAAACUUGUUUUUUCCCGUUAGCUGUCAACUGCAGUGGCACUGUAACGUUAGUUGCCAGCUGUAGCUAACGUUAGCUAACUGAGCGUACGAGGAAAGCAGAGACCGGGUGUGAAUAACACUAACAACAGAGCUGUAAUAACUCCACAGUGUAGAUAAUGAUCAGCAGAAAUGGUGCCUUGCCAGACCCACGUGAUGCUGAAGUGGCAGGAGCAUCUGAACAGCUCCUGGGCGGCGGAGGACAGCCAGACGGCCACGCGCCAGGGGGCUGCAGGACUCUACGCCAAACUGCUACACAAUAAGGAGGUGGUGGGGGUGGCCCAGCCUGUAAUGGACUUGAUUGGCCCACGCCUGCCAGACUUCCAGUAUGAGUCCAGUGCUGCUGAGGAGCGGGAGGAGUACCUGUCGUCGUUACUCCACAGCCAGCGUUGCCUGGCCCACCGUGUGCUGGCCCGGACCCCCUUUGCCCUGGGCCUGCACCACCGCCUCGUGGUCCUCCAGCGGAUAUACUACGCCCUCCACAGCAAGUACCACGACCGCUUCCGAGCACCUGCUCCCCCUCAGACCAUGACUAGCCAGGACAGCGGGGCCAUGGAGCCUGCCUCAGAGCCCUGGCUGCCUGGAGGAGGGUCCAGAGUUAAAUCAGGGACGGACGUUCUGAUCGAGAUGGGCGUACGGACAGGACUGAGUCUCCUCUUCGCCCUGCUGCAGCAGAACUGGCGGUACGCCCGUGAGGACCCCGGAGUGGCGCUGUGUAACGAUGUGUUGGCUACCGCUUCCUCUGUCCUAGCCUCCCUGCCCCCUCUCUCUCUGGCCAACGAGAACAAGAUCCCAGCGGUGGGGUUGGACUGCCUGGCUCAGGUGGCAGACUUCCUGAAGAAGACGUCUGUGAGCUCUGGGAGUGGAGGGGCAGAUCGGGCGGGACGCAGGCUGGCUCUGGAGCUGCUGCUGGGCCUGGCUGUACAGAGGGGCUCCCUGAGAUUCCUGCUGGAGUGGGUGGAGGUGGCUCUGGCUGCCUCCUCUUCCUCUAUAACUUCCUCCACGGGUUCACAACAGUUACAGUCAGAGGGAGGAGUAGGCUAUGACCUCAUCUAUCAAACACUUCUUCAAAUGAGGCAAUACUCGGGUUUCCGUGGAGACUCUCUCAAUUCUCAGGCCCUGAAGAAGGAUGCAGAUGGACUCUGCAGUCUCUCCCACGUUGCUCUCUGCCUGUUUGAAGAGAUCUGUAACCUGGCGUCCAACUGCUUGUGUUCGUGCAGCGCGGGCUCGGCCACCCCUGGAGGAGUGGAGAACGAUGCCGUCAUGGUGUAUGUGUGGGGCAGCAACAGCUCUCACCAGCUGGCUGAGGGCACCUUGGAGAAGAUCUUACAGCCCAAACUGGCACAGGGCUUCAGCGACGCUCAAAUGAUUGAAGCGGGACAGUACUGCACGUUCUCUGUGUCCGCGGACGGAUCAGUGAAGGCUUGUGGGAAGGGCAGCUAUGGCCGGCUGGGUCUGGGGGACUCCAAUAACCAGUCCAUGCCCAAGAAGCUGGCCCUGGAGCCCCCGAGGAACAUGUGUAAGGUUUCCUCGUCCAAGGGCUCUGAUGGCCACACCCUGGCUGUCACAGGGGAGGGAGAGGUCUUCAGUUGGGGCGACGGAGACUAUGGGAAGUUGGGACAUGGAAACAGUGCCACUCAGAAAUACCCCAAGAUAAUACAAGGACCUCUGCUGGGCAAAGUUGUGGUGUGUGUCUCUGCUGGCUACAGACAUAGUGCUGCUGUAACCAACGAUGGAGAGCUGUACACCUGGGGAGAAGGUGACUUCGGCAGACUGGGCCACAGUGACAGCCACAGUCGUAACGUGCCUACGCUGGUGAAGGAUAUCAGUGGAGUGGGUCAGGCGGCCUGCGGUAGCUCUCACACCAUGGCUGUGGCUCAGGACGGACGCAUGGUGUGGUCUUUCGGAGGGGGAGAUAAUGGUAAACUGGGUCACGGGGACACUAACCGUGUGUACCGGCCCAAGGUGAUCGAAGCACUGCAUGGGUUCAUCAUCAGGAAGGUGUGUGCCGGGAGCCAGUCAUCUCUGGCUCUGACCUCUGCUGGACAGGUAUUUGCGUGGGGCUGUGGUUCAUGUUUGGGCUGUGGUUCCUCUGAAACCACAUCUCUGAGACCCAGGUUCAUCGAAGAGCUCAGUGUGACCAAGAUUAUUGAUAUUUCCUGUGGGGACAGCCACUGUCUGGCUCUGUCUCAUGAAAACGAGGUGUAUGCUUGGGGGAACAAUGCCAUGGGGCAGUGUGGCCAGGGACACACCUCUACACCUGUCACCAAGCCGAAGAAAGUGAUUGGUCUAGAAGGAGUGUCAAUCCAGCAGAUCACCGCUGGCACUUCCCACAGCCUGGCCUGGACCGCUGUCCCCACCGACAGGCAGUUGGUGGCAUGGCAUAGACCGUUCUGUGUGGACCUGGAGGAGAGCACCUUUACCUAUCUUCGUAGUUUCCUGGAGAGAUACUGUGACGGGAUAGGAGGAGAAAUGCCCCCUGCACCCUUCCCCUCCAGGAGGGAGCACCACCAGUUUGUCUUGCUGUGUAUGAAGCUGCUGUCCAUACACCUCUCUCUAGCCCAUGCUGGGGGCACAGGGGCCACAGUACUAGGGGCCCAAGGGAGGCCCCUCCGAAACCUGCUCUUCAGGCUCAUAGACUCCAGUGUACCUGAAUCCAUACAACAGGCGGUGAUGAACACUCUGUCCAUCGGAGCGUCUCUGCUGUUGCCCCCCCUCAGGGAGAGAACUGAACUGCUCCACUCACUGCUACCUCAGGGCCCAGAGAGCUGGGAGAGCCUCUCUAAAGGACAGCGUCUGCAGUUGGACAUGGUUCUGAACAGCCUCCAGGAGCAGUCCCAUGUGGCCUCUCUGCUGGGGUACUCCUCUCCUGGGGAGCUGACUGCUGGGGCUGGCCCCCUGGGGCCACCCCUGACCUCCAGCCCAGACCGGCCCAGCCCCAGCCCAGAGGCCCUCCACGACCAUCUCCACCUGGCUGAGAUGCUGCUCAAGACCCUGUUGCUCAGCAUCGGAUUCUACACGGAGCGGGCGUUUGGUGAGCUGGAGAAGAACAGUGACAAGCAGCAGUCCAGCCGGUCCCAGAGACAGACGGAUCCUCCCUCUCACUUCCACCACCUCUUGUCAGCCCUGCACAAACACCUGCUGGCCCAUUGUUACAGCCAGACCAACACAGAGGAUGACAGCAGUGUGACGUUGCUCCACAAACACCUGUGUCUGCUGCUACCCUACACUGCCGAGACCUUCAGGAGGUCCACCAUCUUACUGGAGGAGAGCUCUCUGGACAAGCACGUCAUCCACAAGCUACACACGGUGCUCCUAAGCUCUGUAGCGGGCAGCCUGCUGUGCCAGGUCAUGUAUUCCCUGUUGCUGCUACCCCUGUGGGUGGUACGCCCGCUGCUCACCCACCUGCUCUGUCUGCUGGAGCACCUCAAUGAGUUCAACUGCCUGCUGCCAGACACUGCCCUGCUGGAAGAGAGGGAGUUGGAGGCAGCAUGUUCCGGACAGCUGGAUGACGCUGAAAGGGCAGGUCCUAGCCACGGAGGGGUGGAGGACGACGGAUGGGUGUGGCUUCUGGACCUGGAGAGAUCUGUGGCGCUGGCGAUUGGACGCUGCCUGGGCGGGAUGCUGCAGGGACCGCCCCCCUCUGUCCAAGAGAGGACAUCAGAAUACUGGCUGUGUAACCCUCUCCUCAGGAACGGACUGGAGAUGGACUUUGAACAACUGGACUCCAGCACAGCGUGGCUCACCGAGGCAGUGCUGCUUGGUUGUCCUGAUGCCAAGCUGGCAGACCUGUGUUUGAGCGAGGAGAACAGCAUGUUGGUGGAGCUGGCUCUAGGAUCGUCUAGGGAGCCUGCCGGAGGCCUGUGGAGGAAGAUGAAGGAGUACGCCAUCAGCAGGGACUGGGAUAACAGCGGUCCCUCGGGUGACUCCCUGUUAGAGACGGCGUGUCGCUGCAGCCUGGCUGCUCUCCUCAAACACACAGGGCUACAGGAUGAGGCCUACUGGCAGGACAAGUACGAGCCGUGUGAGAUGCUGAUAGAGAUCUAUGAGAUGGUGUAUAAGAUCAGGAGUGCUCUGCUGGCACACAAAGACUCUCCAGUGACUACAGCCAACACACAGGCCCUGGAUAACAGUAAACAGAGUCCCAGUGGGCAGGACCGGCAGGAACCGGGUCCCUCUGGUAGGGAGCAGCAGGCGGACCGGGGGAAAGAUCAGGACCCUGAGCUGGGGGGUCACAGUGGAGGUCACGGUACUCACCAGGGAGGGCAGUUCCUCCCCACGACUGCAGAACACAACCAGGAGGAGGGGCCAGAGGAGGACACACCCAGCAUCAGCAGUAUGUACCUGCCGGAGGUUCUCCAGUGCUUCCUGGCCACGCGGGAGGCCAUGCAGCUACAGCAGAACGAGACUGUCUACGAGUCUUCCGGGACCUCCACCCUCCCCAGCAGCACAGAGAGCCCCGGUACCCCAGAAAGAGAGCCCCCUAACACGCAGGGCUGGGAGUGGCGGAGGGGGUCUGAAGAGGGCAUGUCAUUCCCUGUAGCCUGUCACCUGGUUGUGUCCCGAUGUGUGUUUCUCCUCUUGGGGGUCCGGCCCGCGUGGCAGGAACAGAGUGAAGAGACAGGGCAGGCGGAGAGCACUGGAGCCAGGAAAUCAACUUCAUCUACAGAUUCCCUACUCAGCCCAAAGGCCGAACAGAGCAGAUUCACCUUGGGCAGUAGAAAACCAUCUGCAGGCCAGUCCAGAAACUCCUUCAAGAAUAGAAUGGGUCUACCACUGUGUUCCCUGGGCAUCAUGAAGGAUGCGUGGGAACGGCUACGCCAGUGCAUCAGCCCCACCACCAGCUCCAUGUGCCAGGGCGGGGCGGGCAGCUCGUCCAGCGUGCUCAGCCAGGUCUUUCACUUCCUGUGUGGGAGCCUGCUCCGUCCGACCCCACCCUCCUCGUUACUGGAGAGAGAGGCAGGCAGCCAGGCAGACCCCAAGGCCAUCACGUUGGCCAUGUACCAACAACAGCAGAGGGCAGAGGUCCGUCUAGAGGCGUUGUGCCAGAUCUCUUCCUUCCUGUCUGAGAUGGAGGAGAAGAGUAGUGGUUCAGGCUCCUCUCCCCCCUUGCGGUUCCCUGGCUUGUUACAAUCUGUUCAACUGCAGUUCCUGUCUGGCUGCUUCGGACUGGGGACACCUAUCACAGGCUGCCAGUCUGGAGACAACGACCAGAUGUACCACUACACUUCUGGGACCCAGUCGGCGUCUAUGUUUACCCAGAGAGAGCUGCAGUCUGCUGCCCACACCCUCUACCAGCAGGUGGUCCGUGUCCUGAGACAGAAGGUCCUCACGGAGAGGGAACAGACAGGCUCCUACCAGCCUCUGCUGUUGGCCACAGUGUUUGCCUUGAAUUUCCACUACCAGCCAGUAGAUCUGGUGGUGGUCUGUAAGUCUGGCAUCCUGGAGAUCCUGUCGUUGCUGACAGACAACACGUGUGUUCUGAUGAACCAGCGCUGGCUGGUAGCCUCUGUGUCAGGAAGCAUGCUGCUGAAUGGAGCCGUAAAACUGGCCUGUGCCCGGCUACUGCAGAUACUGGCCAUCGCUGCUAGUUCGUGUGAGGACUCCCUGCCUCUGGACGUGUCUCAGGCCCUGCUGGAUGUGAUGUGUGAGCAGCUCCAGAGUCUGUUACACAUGGUCCACCAGCAGGAGGCGCUGGAGAACACGGCAACAGAGGAAGCAGACCAGGACACCUCCACCAAGAGGAUCCGGAUAGAGGGGAUGGAGAUGGUGCGGAGCAGUAGGGUCAUUGAGUCUCAGCUCGCUGACUUCUUGGUAUUCCUGAGGCGUAUCCUGUCGCUAAGGGUGACCAAGAGAGUCUCUGCCUUCAUCAAGUGGAUCGAUCCACUCAUGACCAUCAUCUCACACAAGUGCUCUUCUGGUUCUCCACGAUUCCGGAACUUGAGAACCAAACUGUUAGCCUUCCACAUUCUGGAAGGUCUGUUACCGGCCUGUUCUGAUACAGCACAGAUUGAACAGAUAGUUGAUCAGCUGUUUGGGCUUCUCUCAGUGUGUAUGUGGGAGGAGCCUUUAGCUGUGAAGAAGAACCAAGAAAAAACAGCAGAGAGCUCCAACAGGGACCCAGGAAGUGAAGAUGAGUCUAUUCCUAUUGGAGACUUCUCCUUUGACCCCUACAAGCUGAUCUGCUGCUCGUUGGAGAGCGGCAACGUCCUGUCUCAUGGAUCAGGAGGGAAGGGGUACGGCCUCGCCACCACAGCCAUCAACUCCGGCUGCUUCAUAUGGAAGUUCAACAUCACCAAGGAGAACAAAGGGAACGAGGGGACUUGUAUCGGAGUGUCACGCUGGCCCAUCCGGGACUACAACCACCGCACCACCACAGACAUGUGGCUGUACCGGGCCUACAGCGGAAGUCUGUACCACGGAGGGGAGCUGGGCCGGGCCCUGCCAUCUUUCACUCAGGGAGACACCAUCACCUGCAUCCUGGACAUGGAGGCUAGAACCAUCUCUUUUGCCAAGAACAACAAGGAGCCUAAGUUGGCUUUUGAAGGUGUGGAGGCCACGGAGUUGUACCCUUGUGUGUUAUUCUACAGCAGCAACCCUGGAGAGAAGGUGGCACUGUGUGACCUCCAGAUGAGAGGCAUGCCCAGUGACCUGCUGCCUGGCGAACCACUGUGUUCCCCCCGCACCACAGUACUGCUGGAGGCCACGGUGCAGCUCCUCCGCAGGCUGCACCAGUGUGACGGCUACUGGACACAACACAUCAACCAGCACAUGCAGAGCCGGCUGGAGCUCAUAGGACCGCUCAUGAAGGAGGGAGGCCUGGGGACCGUCAAACAUGCAGGCCCAAGACCUAAAGGAAUUGAUGAAAGGGAGAAGAACAAGGAGCAGGUCAGGACAUGUGUUGGAGAGGAUACUGUAGAACCAGGAGACUUGGUGACGGGACCCUCAGGCCUCUCUGAGACCCAGCUGGGUGCUUUGUGCUCUGAGGUGUGGCCGGUGCUGGCCUUGAUCGGAGGAGUGGACAGUGGGCUCCGGGCAGGGGGGCUCUGCCUGCACAAACCCAGUGGGAGAAGGGCUACCCUGCUGGGGGUACUGAAGGAAGGAAGCCCCCUAGCCAAGCUUCAAUGGGAGGAGGCUGACCUCUCUGUCAGCUUCCUGAAUUCUUGGUCACCCAGCGACACCCCGCUCUCCUCCUUGGAGCCCUGUGACGUGCCCCAGUGUGACAUCAGCAGAUUCAGAGGCCUCAAACCCUCUGUCCUCUUAGACCUGAUCUUCCUGACCGGCCUCCUGGAGGAGCAGGAGGAGGCCCGGGGACGAGGAGGAGGCGCAGGGAGAACCAGGAAGAGCUGCUCCUCCGAGCAGGAAGAGGAGGGAUGGAGCAUCCCUCGGAGCGUGCUGGAACGCAGGCUAGAUGAAGACAUCGCCCGUGUCAUGAUGGACGAUGAUGACAUUGAAAGAGGCACUGGGGUAACAGAGGAGAGGGAAGGAGAGAGGGAGCGGAACAGUCACCCGUCCCCAACUAGAGCGCUCUCAGAGUCCUGUGACGAUCCAGAGGAGGGUAGUACCUCGUCCUCCUGCCCCCCAACUCCAACCCCAACCCUACCUCCCCCCUCCCCCCAUCAGACCAAGCCCCAGCCAGAUGUCUUCUCCCUGGAGCUCCGGGCUGUAAGGGUUUCCUACCUCCUGCUGGGAGCCUUAAAGUCCCUAGCUGUCAUCCUCAGCUGUGGGAAGUUUACUGACCUGCUGCUGGUGCCAAAGCAUCAAGACCCCUCUACUGCUGCCAUCCUGACCAGUAGCAGCCCUGACCAGGCUAAGCCAGGGGACUCUGGUUCGAGCCCUGCCCCAGCCGGAGAAGACAGCAACGCUGCUGAAAUGAGGUCUGUGCUACAGUUUAUGGUGCGGAGCAUGGUGAAGUGGGCUGUGCGACCCUGCCCUAUCAAACAGAGUGUGUCCCUGUCAGACCUGGAGAGAGCUCAGGUCCUGAUCUUCAAAGGAACUCUCAACAGACUGCAGGAGGACAAAGGAACCAAAGACCGGAAGGAGCAUGGUCACCACUCCUCGUCCCAGCCACUGUCAAAGACUUCCAGCUCUGUGUCUCUCUACAGCACGGGGUCAGAGGGCACCGCCAUCUUCGGUCAAUCAAACGGAGCCUCUGCCUCGUCAUCCACCAAUGACCUGGCUGCUUCUCUGCUCUCUGCGCUGCAGGCCGAUGGCCUGGAGAACUUUAACCCCUUCCUCCCCAUCAACCUCCUGCAGCGGAUGGUGUUAGCACGGUUCCCUACCCUGGCUGGCCUGGUUAAUAACCCCCCCAUGUUGCACGGUCCUGGCCCAGGCUUCGGCCUGGUCACCUCAUCUUCCUGUGAGGGCUUCACAGAGCAGCAGACCAGCUUCAUGGAGCCCUGCGCUAAUUCUCAGGCCAGGAACCGUGGCGCGGAACGGCCUCAAAUGUUUGUCCCAGUCCGCUUACUAGAAAUGGGCUUCUCUAUGAGACAUAUCUACAAGGCCAUGGAGGCAGCAGGUGUGGCAGGUGAAGUAGACUCGCGGACCAUCGAGGUUCUGGCUAGCUGGAUGUUGGAGCACCCCCUGACUGAGGAGCUGCAGAUGGAGAGCCAGCCAGCAGGAGCCUCCACCACUGAAACCCCCUCCCCUGACGGACCGGAGACCGUACAGUGCCCCGAGGCCCCCACCAGCGAACCCAACGAAAGUCUGCUGGCGGGCCUGGACCUGGUGGAGAGGGAGAACUUCUUAGAUGUCCACCUGACCAGGAACAGGCCGCCCCCGGCCAGACGCCAGCGCUCCAGUUUGGGGCACAGAACAUCCUUUAGGAGAGCAGACUCUCCGUCCCCCAACCCCAUCCCACCGCUGUACAGGCAGGACCCAGGGGUGUCUGAGUGGCCGGAGAGGGCGGAGACGCACCCGUUUGCUGCUGAGGAGGAGUCAGAGUUGGGGUACAUGGAUGACCCCUACCAUGAAGAGCCCUAUGAGGAGCUACAGUUUAGAGAGUUCAUCAGCUCGGAGAGAGACACCCUCUGGAUGGUCGAGGGGGGCGAGGAGCACCAGCCCCAUGACAUGGUACAGUGUGAGCUGUGUAACACCCUGACUCUGCAGUUCAACAACCACAUGAAGAGGCAUCACCCGGGCUGUGGCCAGAGCGCUGGGCGGCGAGGGUACCGCUCUACCGGGGCAUACGUGGACGGGUGGUUCGGAGGGGAGUGUGGGUCCGGUAGCCCUUACUACCUACUCUGUAGCACCUGUAGAGAGAAGUACCUGGCAGCUAACCUAGGGGAGAUUGGAUCCAAACAUGACCGAAUGAAAGGGCUUGCUUCUGAUUUAAUUGGACGACUGGACAGCACCUCCGAUGAAGACUGGGAGCUGGGCCCUCUAGACGACUCUGACCCAGACCGGCUGACUGGGCUGGAGGACUUUGGGGUGUUGCUGAGGCCUCUGGGUCUGAGUGAGAAGAAGCUGGUGCCAGACCCCAUCCCCUUCACAGAAAACGACCCGCUGGGAGCGCUGGUCAACAGCACCAGUAACCCUGACGGGUCAAUGAUCCAGAAAGGUGUGGUCAGCACUGACACUAAGGGGUUAGGUUCCUCCGGCCCUCUGACUCUGGGGGAGCAGGCUGCAUCGCUGAGAGACCCUCAGGACAGACUGCAGGCUCUAAGGAGAGUCACCUCUACAGCCCAGAUACUACUGGCAUACAGCAUGGUGAUGAGAGCACUCUCCCAAACAUCCUCUAGUGUGUCAGUGUGCAGUGCCUCUAGUGGUCUGGAGGGCUUGGGCCUGGCAGACAUCCGUAUCCUGGUGCGUCUGAUGUGCCUUGCGGCGGCAGGCCGGGUCCAUACCAGUGUCGACCACCAAGGGGUAGCAGGGGGUAGCAGAGGCUGUGGUGGGGCUACAGAGAGCAGCAGCUCUGCCUUCCUCUCCUUCCUUAGCUCAGCUAUAGGCAGCCUGGUCUCACACAGCCCCACAGCAUACAGGGAGCUGGUGGACAUCUGCACUCAGGAUCUGAUGGCGGCUGCCACAGGGAUGAACCUUGGUGCCAUCAGUGAUCCUGCACAGAGAGUUCGUCUGACCUCCACCCUGAAGAGGGCGCCACAACAAGAUGUCACACCCCUCACACCUCCCACCUUCCUGGUCACACAGAGUCUGGUCUCCCUGCUCACAGAGAAGGGCAUCCGCUACCGCUAUUCUCCAGACAGAACCGUUACCGAGCAGCACGAGUCUAAAGGUCCAGAGGCUGGUAGCCCGUCUGCUGCAGUACCUCCUCCCCAGGUGGGGGCGAGAGUGGGCCCUCUGGAGCUGGCCAACGCCCUGGCUGCCUGUGCCCUGUCUGCCAGGCUGACCAGUAAACAUCGUCAGUGGGCAGCCCAGCAGCUGGUCCAGGCCCUGGCAGCCUCAGAGAGGGAGAGGGACAACCCCAUCCGGCCUCAGACCUACAGCGACAUGGCUGGAGACCUGAGGAAGUGUCCUCUGAAGAAGCUAGAGGGACAUCACGGCAGGGUGACUAGCUGUACUUGGAACAAUGAGCAGGGUCUGUUGGCCACUGGAGCUCAGGACGGGACAGUCAGAUUGUGGGACGUCAACCAGAACACUGCUGACCUGCAGUGCACACACUCCUGUAGCAUCAGUGAUGACAGGCGGGGCUCUGAGGCAGCAGGUGGAGCUCACCUGGUGUCUCCUGUCUACUGGAGCUCUGGAGGUACCCUCCUCGCUGCCUUCCAAAACAAGAUCAUCAACAUCUGGACUGUCAACGGAGCCCAGGGCCAUGUGGAGGCCCAGCCGUCCUGGGUGACAGCCCUCUCCUGGGUGCAGACCUCCAGCCCCUUCCCCACCCAGGGGGGCAUCGCCGGGAAGGAUGCCCAGCCAGAGAGCUUGUUGGUGGGGCGUCUGGACGGAUCACUCUGCUGGUUGCAGGUCACUGAAGACUUCUCCAUUGAGAGCACCGAGCUCACCCGCUGCCACAGGAAAGAAUCUCCUCAGUGUGUGGCGUGGCACAGUGUGGACAAGCCCUUUGCUGUGGGUUACCCCGAUGGGAAGAUCCUACUGGCUACCGCUGAAUCCUACGAGACUGAACAGCCCCUACUACUGUCUGCCUUCCCUGAGAGUGUCAGCAUCCUGCGCUGGGACCCCACGGGCCACCUCCUCCUCUCCACGGGCCGCUCUGAGGUGGUGAAGAUCUGGGGGCGGGCGGGAGGCACCUGGAUCACCCUCCACUCCCUGUUCCACACAGGCACCGUCAACACGGCCGAGUGGUGCCCGCUGCCUGGCAGAGGUCCCGAACCACGCCUUAUGAUGGCUGUAGGAAGCCAGAAUGGUCUUCUGAAUGUGUGGACUCUGCCACAGGGGGGCACUAAUGUGUCAGUUCCUAAGUUCCUGGGCAGCUCAUCCAGUCAGGAGAACAACAGUGGCAUCAAGCGUGGCAGUGCCAAGUGUGUGUUCAGACUGAGUGGUCACAUCACAGCGGUGAAGACCCUGUCGUUCUGCCCCAGUGGUCUGGCCCUGGUGUCUGGAGGUAUAGGAGGACUACUCAACAUCUGGUCUCUACAGGAUGGUUCCAUCCUACAGACAGUGGUGACAGGCCUAGGCUCAGUGGUCAGUACCACCUGGAUACCAAAUGUAGGGGUGGCUGCCUGCUCCGGGAGGUCGAAGGAUGCUCUGCUGAUCCGCUGUACGUCAGACUGGAUCUCCCAGAACCACGUGUUGGCAUCCUGCCGCACCGUCCUCAGAACACAGGGCAUUCUGGGUCUGAACCGUGCACCCUGCAUGGCCGUCUUCCUGGAGAGACUUCCCACACUGCUGCAGGAACAGUACAGCUACGAGAGGAGUCACGUGACAGCAGGUGACCAGUUGGUCCACAGUGCCUUCCUCCAGAGUCUGGCCUCUCUGACCGUCGGCCUUUCCCUGGAACAGUACCUGUGUCGGCCCUGCCGACCCCCCCACCACCACCCUGCCAGCCUCAGCCUCGACUACACACACUCCUGCCCCAUGGAGUGGAGCUGGCUCCAAACCUUCUCCACCACUGUGAAGAGCGCGGAGGCCAUCGCCAGGGGAACAGCGUUCCCAGAAUCCUUCACUGUCCCAGAGUUCCAGCAGGCAGGAACCACAGAACUCACCAAGCCCCUGGACAAUAGUAAGUGGAGCUUCAUGAUGGACGAACAACUCAUGUCCUGGGCCACCACCAGACCUGAGGACUGGCAGCAGGGAGGGAAGAGUCAGGUGUUUCUGUGGGGCAACGGGCGUCACGGACAGCUGGCAGACGCAGGGACCAACCUGAUGGUGCCUACCAUCGCCCCGUCUCUGUCCCAGACACAUCAGGUUGUGUGUGGGCAGAACUGUACAUUCCUGGUACAGGCUAACGGUACGGUGCUGGCUGUAGGAGAGGGUAGCUAUGGGAGACUGGGCCAGGGCAACUCUGAUGACCUAUAUACCCCCACAGUCAUCUCAGCCUUGCAAGGCUACGUGGUGACCCAGCUGGUGACCUCUUGCGGUUCUGACGGCCACUCCCUGGCCCUGACGGAGACGGGGGAGGUGUUCAGCUGGGGUGACGGGGACUAUGGGAAGCUGGGACAUGGGAACAGUGAGAGACAGAGACGACCCAAACAGGUGGAGGCUCUGCAGGGAGAGGAGGUGGUGCAGUUGGCGUGUGGGUUCAAACACUCAGCCGUGAUUACAACAGACGGGAAGCUGUUGACCUUCGGUAGUGGAGACUCUGGUCGUCUGGGUCAAAGAUCAACGUCCAACAAGAUGCUGCCAGAGAGAGUCACGGCACUGGAGGGAUAUCACAUUGGACAGGUAUCCUGUGGUAUCAACCACACCCUGGUGCUGUCUUCCGAUGGGAUGAGUGUCUGGUCCUUUGGUGACGGAGACUAUGGGAAGCUGGGGACCGGUCCCUGCACUGUGAAGUCUUAUCCUCAGAAAGUGGAGCAACUGUGUAACAAGGGAAUCAAGAAGGUUGGCUGCGGGACCCAGUUUUCUGUUGUCCUGGCCAAAGAUGGGCAUGUUUACACCUUUGGACAAGAGCGGUUGAUCGGCCUGCCAGACUCUCUGUUGAAGAACCACAACCGUCCCCAGGUGGUGCCAGCCCUGGAGGGGGUGUUUGUAGAGGACAUAGCUGUGGGCUGUGAGCAUGUCCUGGUUUUGUCUUCUACCGGAGAUGUCUAUGCCUGGGGCUGUAACUGUGAGGGACAGCUUGGCCUGGGUCACUCAAGCCCAGUGAAGGAGCCCACCCUGGUGACAGGCCUACAGGGGAACAACGUCAGACAGAUCUCUGCUGGUCGCUGCCACAGCUCAGCCUGGACCACACCCUCCCCCUCUGUCAAAGCCUCAGGUGCCUCAGCCAACCUGCAGCUGGGUCUGCCCCAGUCUAUCCCUCCACAGUAUAACGCUCUGAAAGACUGCAGCCCUGACGUCCUCAACACCCGCCUCCGGGUGCUCUACCACUUCUCUGACCUCAUGUACAAGUCCUGGAGGCUGCUCAACCUCCACCCCAGGAACCAGGUCUCUUCAUCUCGCUACAGCUCAGGGACAGCAGCCAUCGUCCAGGGCCAGCUGAGAGGCCUCCUGUCCCCCAAGGUCAACACUCUACCCCUGGUCAGAUCAAUAGGGAGGACCAUGACCCAGGGCAAGACCUACGGACCACAGAUCACUGUCAAGAGGAUCUCAAACAGGGGGCGCUCCAGCAAGCCCAUCUUUGUGCAGAUCGCCAAGCAGGUGGUCUCUCUGAACCCCCUGGAGCUGAGGCUGCCCUCCAGGGCCUGGAAGGUCAAGCUGGUGGGGGAGGGGGCUGACGACGCAGGGGGGGUGUUUGAUGAUACCAUCACGGAGAUGUGUCAGGAGUUGCAGUCUGGUGUGGUUGAUCUGCUCAUUCACACCCCCAACAGCUCUACUGACGUGGGAAGUAACACCGACAGGUUCCUGCUGAACCCAGCGGCAGUCUCUGAAGACCACAUGGUCCAGUUCCGUUUCCUAGGCAUCCUGAUGGCGGUGGCCAUCCGUACCAAGAAGCCCCUGGACCUGCACCUGGCCCCCUGGGUUUGGAAGCAGCUGUGUUGUAUUCCCCUGGGUGGGCCGGACCUGGAGGAGGUGGACCUGCUUACCUACCGCUCCCUGCACGGCAUCCGGCACCUGGACAACAGCGGCAUCACAGAGGACAACUUCCACGUGAUGAUUCCUCUGGACUCGUUCAUGGCCCACAGUGCAGAUGGGAAGCUGGUGCCGGUGGUCCCUGGGGGACACAACAUCUCUCUCACCUUCUCCAACAAGAGUGACUACGUAGAGAGGACUCUGGACUACCGUCUGCACGAGAUGGACAGACAGGUAGCAGCGGUGAGAGAGGGGAUGUCCUCCAUCAUCCCGGUGCCUCUCCUCUCUCUUCUCACGGCGCGCCAGCUAGAACAGCUGGUCUGCGGUCUGCCCGAGGUCUCCGUGGAGAUGCUCAAGAAAGUAGUCCGAUACCGCGACAUCACAGACAGUCACCAGCUAAUUGGCUGGCUGUGGCAGAGUCUGGAGGAGUUUGCCAAUGAGGAGCGGGUUCUAUUCCUGCGCUUCGUGUCCGGAAGGUCCAGACUGCCCUCCAACCCCGCUGACAUCACUCAGAAGUUCCAGAUCAUCAAGGUUGACAGGCCUGUGAACGGGCUCCCCACAGCCCAGACGUGUUUCUUCCAGCUGCGUCUGCCUCCCUACACCAGCCAGGCCAUCCUGGCCGAGAGGCUGCGUUACUCCAUCCACAACUGUCCCUCCAUCGACAUGGACAACUACAUGCUGUCUCGAAACACCGAUCCGGCCGACGGAUCCGACACAGAGUAUUGAUGAUACUGGUAGUAAUAAUACUGGUGAUGUUGUAGUAAUGAUACUGAGUACUGAUGAGACCCCCUGCUCAAUAACAACAACAUGGCUCAACAUUACUUGAAAAGCUCAAAGUGUUUUGUCGUUUCUUCUUCCUCCUCGUAUCUUUAUUGGAACUUUUCUUUGGUACAAUAGUCAGUGCUAGCCUCUGGCUCCGGGCUCUAUGUGGCUGAAUGAAUGAAUGACUGGCUGAGUGAAUGAAUGACUGGCUGAGUGAAUGAAUGACUGGCUGAGUGAAUGAAUGACUGGCUGAGUGAAUGAAUGACUGGCUGAAUGAAUGAAUGACUGGCUGAGUGAAUGAAUGACUGGCUGAAUGAAUGAAUGACUGGCUGAAUGAAUGACUGGCUGAGUGAAUGAAUGACUGGCUGAAUGAAUGACUGGCUGAGUGAAUGAAUGACUGGCUGAGUGAAUGAAUGACUGGCUGAGUGAAUGAAUGACUGGCUGAAUGAAUGAAUGACUGGCUGAAUGAAUGACUGGCUGAGUGAAUGAAUGACUGGCUGAAUGAAUGAAUGAAUGACUGGCUGAAUGAAUGACUGGCUGAAUGAAUGAAUGACUGGCUGAAUGAAUGAAUGACUGGCUGAAUGAAUGACUGGCUGAGUGAAUGAAUGACUGGCUGAAUGAAUGACUGGCUGAAUGAAUGACUGGCUGAAUGAAUGAAUGACUGGCUGAAUGAAUGAAUGACUGGCUGAAUGAAUGACUGGCUGAGUGAAUGAAUGACUGGCUGAGUGAAUGAAUGACUGGCUGAAUGAAUGAAUGACUGGCUGAAUGAAUGAAUGACUGGCUGAAUGAAUGAAUGACUGGCUGAAUGAAUGAAUGACUGGCUGAGUGAAUGAAUGACUGGCUGAAUGAAUGAAUGACUGGCUGAAUGAAUGAAUGACUGGCUGAAUGAAUGACUGGCUGAAUGAAUGAAUGAAUGAAUGAAUGACUGGCUGAAUGAAUGAAUGACUGGCUGAAUGAAUGAAUGAAUGACUGGCUGAAUGAAUGAAUGACUGGCUGAAUGAAUGAAUGACUGGCUGAAUGAAUGAAUGACUGGCUGAAUGAAUGAAUGACUGGCUGAGUGAAUGAAUGACUGGCUGAGUGAAUGAAUGACUGGCUGAAUGAAUGAAUAACUGGCUGAAUGAAUGAAUGACUGGCUGAGUGAAUGAAUGACUGGCUGAGUGAAUGAAUGACUGGCUGAAUGAAUGAAUGAAUGACUGUCUGAAUGAAUGACUGGCUGAAUGAAUGAAUGACUGGCUGAAUGAAUGAAUGACUGGCUGAAUGAAUGAAUGACUGGCUGAGUGAAUGACUGGCUGAAUGAAUGAAUGACUGGCUGAAUGAGGUGAUCACUCUUAUCGCUCGCUCUGAGAGAAACAUGUUUAGUUUUUAAGCCUUUUGUUUUGAAUUCACAGUUUCUGCAUGGUAUAGAAUAUUUGUUAACGAAGAACAACUUAGUUUAAAGAGUGCAUAAUCUACUGAGACGUAUUGAUGUAGGAUAAACCUUGUUGCAUUAAGUGGCUGAAUAACCUUUAUGCUACAGGAAGUAUGAGUAAUAUGACUGUUGUAGGCAGAAAGAAAAGGUCUGUGAAUAAUAAUUAAUAAUAGUUCAAAGUGGGGCAGACCUAAAGGCCAUCUUUCAUUCAGACAAUGAUACCACAGCUUCCUGGCUUGAGUGAGUUACAUGCACACAUAUGGUGUUAGCUAGCUAGCUUUAUUUGGUUUGAGCUGGUGUGCUCUAAACCGCCAGUGGACUGCUGUCUGGCUGUCUGGCUGGCUGGCUGUCUGUCUGGCUGGCUGUCUGGCUUGCUGGGAAAUGUUACUCUAGUUGUGGGUAGGCUAGCUGUUAGGGCUCUGUUCAGAUGUCUAUACUAGCACACCAUUUACAAUGAAGCAAUGUAUUGGGCCUGCAUUCUGACUGGACAUUGAAAUGUAGCCUACAUUAAGAUGUAUUGGGCCUGCAUUCUGACUGGACAUUGAAAUGUAGCCUACAUUAAGAUGUAUUGGGCCUGCAUUCUGACUGGACAUUGAAAUGUAGCCUACAUUAAGAUGUAUUGGGCCUGUAUUCUGACUGGACAUUGAAAUGUAGCCUACAUUAAGAUGUAUUGGGCCUGUAUUCUGACUGGACAUUGAAAUGUAGCCUACAUUAAGAUGUAUUGGGCCUGUAUUCUGACUGGACAUUGAAAUGUAGCCUACAUUAAGAUGUAUUGGGCCUGUAUUCUGACUGGACAUUGAAAUGUAGCCUACAUUAAGAUGUAUUGGGCCUGCAUUCUGACUGGACAUUGAAAUGUAGCCUACAUUAAGAUGUAUUGGGCCUGCAUUCUGACUGGACAUUGAAAUGUAGCCUACAUUAAGAUGUAUUGGGCCUGCAUUCUGACUGGAUAUUGAAAUGUAGCCUACAUUAAGAUGUAUUGGGCCUGCAUUCUGACUGGACAUUGAAAUGUAGCCUACAUUAAGAUGUAUUGGGCCUGCAUUCUGACUGGACAUUGAAAUGUAGCCUACAUUAAGAUGUAUUGGGCCUGCAUUCUGACUGGACAUUGAAAUGUAGCCUACAUUAAGAUGUAUUGGGCCUGCAUUCUGACUGGAUAGUGAAAUGUAGCCUACAUUAAGAUGUAUUGGGCCUGCAUUCUGACUGGAUAGUGAAAUGUAGCCUACAUUAAGAUGUAUUGGGCCUGCAUUCUGACUGGACAUUGAAAUGUAGCCUACAUUAAGAUGUAUUGGGCCUGCAUUCUGACUGGAUAUUGAAAUGUAGCCUACAUUAAGAUGUAUUGCUAAUACUCUAUUUGACCAGAGUAUUUUUAAGUAAUGUUACUGUCAGAGCUGUGUCUGAGAGGGAGAGAGAACAGAGACGGUGAUAAAAUUAUGAUUAUACUCGAGCCCUGAAUGCUGAUUGGCUGACAGCUGUGGUAUAUCAGACAGUAUACCACGGGUAUGACAAAACAUUUAUUUUUCCUGAUCUAAUUAUGUUGGUAACCAGUUUAUAAUAGCAAUAAGGAACCUCAGGGGUUUGUGCUAUAUGGUCAAUAUACCACAGCUGCAUUGCGUCGUGCCUAAGAACAACCCUUAGCCGUGGUAUAUUGGCCAUAUGCCACACCUCCUCGGGCCUUAAUGGUUAAUAAUAAUGGAGUCCCAAAUGGCACCUUAUUCCCUUUUCUAGUGCACUUGGUUUGACCUGUAGUGUACUAUAUAGAUGCCAUUUGGGAUGGAGACUAAGUCAGAGUCCCAAAACAAGCCUCAAUCUGUGUCCAUAUAGAGUACCCACUCAUGUAUUGUCUUGGAUGAAUGUAAUGCCACCUAAUGAACAAUGCACUCGACAGAUUUAAACAUUUGCCAAACUUGAACUGUACUGUACUAUGUUGCUGCGUAUUUAUACAUGGGCUUGUGUUUUUUUGCAGUUUGUGAAAAGUGUAGUGUUUUAAAUUGCAGUGCUUUCUCCCUGAAACAAAGUACAGGGAUGCGGUGGUAGGUUUUUGAAACGCAUAGGUCAAAGAUUUAGACAGACCACUAAUGUAGUGUUCUGAAUUACAUGCUUUAUUUUUUUUUUUUUUUGCUUGGCCCAAAACACUAGCGCAUGAACUCUUGGAGAGAGACAAAGACCCUCCCAGACUUCUGACUCUUGGAGAGAGACAAAGACCCUCCCAGACUUCUGACUCUUGGAGAGAGACAAAGACCCUCCCAGACUUCUGACUCUUGGAGAGAGACAAAGACCCUCCCAGACUUCUGACUCUUGGAGAGAGACAAAGACCCUCCCAGACUUCUGACUCUUGGAGAGAGACAAAGACCCUCCCAGACUUCUGACUCUUGGAGAGAGACAAAGACCCUCCCAGACUUCUGACUCUUGGAGAGAGACAAAGACGCUCCCAGACUUCUGACUCUUGGAGAGAGACAAAGACCCUCCCAGACUUCUGACUCUUGGAGAGAGACAAAGACCCUCCCAGACGUCUGACUCUUGGAGAGAAACCAUCCCAGACAUCUGACUCUUGGAGAGAGACCAUCCCAGACUUCUGACUCUUGGAGAGAGACCACCCAGACUUCUGACUCUUGGAGAGAGACAAAGACCCUCCCAGACUUCUGACUCUUGGAGAGAGACCAUCCCAGACUUCUGACUCUUGGAGAGAGACCACCCAGACUUCUGACUCUUGGAGAGAGACCACCCAGACUUCUGACUCUUGGAGAGAGACCACCCAGACUUCUGACUCUUGGAGAGAGACCACCCAGACUUCUGACUCUUGGAGAGAGACCACCCAGACUUCUGACUCUUGGAGAGAGACCACCCAGACUUCUGACUCUUGGAGAGAGACCACCCAGACUUCUGACUCUUGGAGAGAGACCACCCAGACUUCUGACUCUUGGAGAGAGACCACCCAGACUUCUGACUCUUGGAGAGAGACCACCCAGACUUCUAUGUCGAGGGCAAGGCGUCAGUGAACUACUGACUGUGUGCUGUGGAUUACAGUAGCAUAUCGCUACAUUAUUCUACUUUUUAAAAGGUGUUUCUUCCCUUAAAGAUUUUGGACUCGAGUAGCAUCGUUGUAAAGCUUGGGACUACGUUAAGAAGAUCUUCGGGGAUAAAGAAAACAUGAUUUAAACUAAAAAGUUAAAUAAAAAGGUGUAAUGAUUGGUUGUUGUGAUGUUUUCGCACUUUAUAGACCUGUAUACAUUGUUGCUUGUGCAAAGAAAAUAUAUUAAAGGGGAUUUCUUGCAGAAAAUCAUAAUUGAAUAUCCUGUUCCUCACCCCCUGGAAUACUGGACUGUAACUUGUUCCUCAUGCCACAUCAAAUCGUCUAGUCUAAAUGUCGAUAAGAUGAGAACCUGCAAUAUACCACUCUUUCAGGGACAAACUGUGCAACACUUUCACAAUAACAGCAAUCCUCAAUUAAGAGGAACUGAAGCUAUAUGAAAAUAAUAAAUGAUGUUUCUCCAUAGAUGUGCUGUGAUGAUAUAGCCUAGUUUUGAAUGUUUGGAUUUGAUAGCUAUAACAUUUGUUGUAUUUAGUAUUUAAGGUGGGGAGGAAUGAUAUACAAAUCAUUUUUCUGUUGGACUGUCUCAUUUAAGAGCAGGCGGUAUUAUGUAGAUUAAACCAUGUGAUUAAAUAUGAA